AUGACGGGCAACCUGAAUCAGCCGCCGACGCUGCUGCUGGCGGCUGUCAACGACCUCGAGGCCAGGUUCCAGAGCGAGGACCACGGGCUGCAAGCCGCCAUCGACGAGGUCCUGAAGAAGCCCAGACUCACCAGCAGGUAUGGAAAGCCAGCCCCGGGCACGGACCGGCUGUUCGGGGCGCACAUGACGCACGACGGCGAGGCGGGCUGCCGCGGCGCAGCGGACUGCGACGCGCUGGUGCGGGACCGCCUUGCCGCGGCCGAGGGCGUGCUCUGCUUCGAGAUGGAGGUGGCCGGGCUGAUGAACCACUUCCCGUGGAUCACGCGGAUGUCGUCAGACAGCUCCUACGCAAGGAUGGAGUUGAUUUGGACGCGAGUGACGAGCGCGAGCGCACGCCCAUCUCGGUAG